AUGGAUGCAUACGAAAGCUAUGCCUCUCCGGGGAGAAAGCGGGAGGCCGAAUCAUUCUCCAGCCGGGCACAAGGCGAGUAUCGACGCCGGUCACCGGCCUCACAGGAUCGACGACGAGGUCGCGGCCGCUCCCGGUCACCCAUGAUUGAUCGCUAUGAACCAUCUGACCAUACCCGACGAGAUGACUUCUACAACAAUUCUCGCGAACACGCUGCUCGUGAGCGUGAGGAUCGUCGGCGUCCACCUUCUCCCAAUGUCGUCAACAUUGAUCGCUAUGUACCUGGACAAGAUGCAGGAAACCGGCCGCUACCCAAAAACCCGCUCGCCGACCCGCUAAGCCUCGACUUUCAGGUGGGAUUCACCUUCUUCGCAGAAUGGUGUCGGGGGGAACACAAGAUAAAUGAAGAAAAACAACGGGUAAAGCACGGCGGUCGUCACCCAUCUGAUCGGGUCAAGGGGGAGCGCGAAGCCCGUGAUGACCGAGACAAAGAGCGGGCUCAGAUUCAGGAAGCCUACGACGCAUACAAGGUGGAUCUUCAAGUCAAGCUGGGACGCCAAUUUGUUCAGCAGCAUCGAAAUGAAGAAUGGUUCAAGGAGCGCUACGUGCCAGAAGUGCGAGACCGCCUCCGCAGCCAAUUCAUGCAAUUUCGCAAGGGCGCAUACGAUCAAUGGGAGCGCGACAUCCGAGCAGGUACAUUCGAUGAUUUUACUCUUGAAGGUAUUUACAAAAACGAAAGCGACGGCGCAGGCGGUGUGAUCGAAAAGGAGGAAGGUGAAACGACUGCAGUCGGUGAGACGAUGGGAGUUCUUGACUUGCUUCCCGUCCGAGGAGGCGAACUUCGUGAUGAGGCCUUGUCUCAACCUACUCUGCUCAUCAAAACCUUGGCCCCCAAUGUCUGUCGUGAUAAAAUCGAAGACUUUUGCAAAGAGCACCUUGGAGAGGGUGAUGGUGGUUUCAAGUGGCUUAGCCUCAGUGACCCCAAUCCAUCCAAGAAGUUCCACCGCAUGGGUUGGAUCUUACUUCACCCUGCCGCCGAGACUGCUGUAGUGGACCGAGGAGACGGCCGCGAGGAAGAGGGCGAGGAGAUGGAACCAAGUUCCGGUAAUGCCAUUGGCACAGCGGAGAAGGCUUUGGAAGCGGUCAACGACAAGACCAUCCACGACUCAACACACGGCGACUUUGUCUGCCACGUGGGUGUGCAUGUCCCUCCUUCACAGCCACGCAAGAAGGCGCUUUGGGAUCUGUUCUCCGCACCUGAGCGAAUUGAUCGCGAUCUUGAACUUGCUCGCCGAUUGGUCUCUAAGCUUGAUACUGAAAUGGGCCAGGGCGUGGAUGGAGUUUCCAAAAUCGAGGAACGUAUUGAGGAUCUUCGUGGUAAGGGCUGGCUGCAACCCCCUGUCACUGGACCUGUCAGCAUCAAGAAGCAUUCCAGUGGAUAUGACGAGGAUGGCCCUGACGAGGGAGAGAUGGAGGAGGGUGAAGAGAAGGAGGUCGUUGAAGAAGACGAAGUGGAUGAUGAGGAGCUUCUAGCUAAGAAGAAAAAGCUUGACCUGAUGGUCGAAUACCUCCGUCGUGUCUACAACUUCUGCUUUUUCUGUGUCUUUGAGAGUGAUUCUGUUCACGAACUCGGUCGCAAAUGUCCCGGUGGACAUCUCCGUCGCCCUCGCUCUGGACUCUCUAACCAGGCCAAGCAAGUUGCCCGUGCUACUGCUUUGGGACAACCGUUCCCAGCCAAGAAGAAGGACCAUAGUGAAGAAGGCGAAGAACGCGGCUCUCCAGUUGCAGAGAAGCGGCCACAGCGACUGAGCAAGUCAGAACAGCAGCUUCAGCGUGCUUUCAACUGGGUCAAAACAUUCGAGGAUAAGCUGCUGCAAAUACUGGAGCCUGAGAACGCCGACCUGCGCAAACUUGGCAGCAAGCCUGCUGAACAAGGAUUGGCGGAAGAAUUAGCGAAACAUGUGAAACAUGAGGAUGACUCGCGAUAUCGGUGCAAGGUGCCUGAAUGUGCGAAGCUAUUCAAGGCCGAGGAAUUUUGGCAUAAACACAUCGAAAAGCGACACACAGAAUGGCUGGAUACAAUUAAGCGAGAGCUUUCUCUUGUGAAUGCAUACGUUCUGGAUCCAUCACGCAUUGCUCCAUCGCGAUCUGAUGCGAACAGCAAUGGUCAUUUCCCCAUGUCUACUGUUGGUGGUCAGAGUGGCACCCCACGUGGCUUUACCCUCGCGAACAACGUACCUUACCUUGGAAAUCCCGGGGUCUUUCCUGCUGGAUUCCCCUCAGCCGGCAUGCCUGGUCUUGUACCGCCUGGCGCCUGGAAUGGAAACAUAAUCAUGUCAGGCGACACAGGCAUGCACCAGCCAGGUGUUAUGCGACGUGGCAACAACCGCCACAGCAAUCGUUCUGGGCCAUAUGACCGUCGCCGAGGCUACAAUGGCGGUAAUGGUCGAUUGAGUCCCACUCGGAUGGGUAGUAUCUAUGGAGCUGGGGGCCGUCUCCCCGCAACCGUCCCGCUUGGCCACCCGGCUGCCAGCAUGAUCUCUGCGAAUGCCAACUUCCCUGAUGCUAUGGGUGCUGGGGGCGGAUCGCAAGCAAUGCCCCCCCGUGAAGCGGUUCAGGGUCGCAGCCUCAAGAGCUACGAGGACUUGGAUGCCGUUGGUGGCUCUGGAAGUGGGGAGCUGAAUUAUUAG